AUGGAUAUAAGGCUGUUUGAGGCUUUUCGAACAGGAGAUAUCCAACUUUUGUACCAACUUCUGGCGAAGAAUCCACUUCUGCUCCAUACUCUUGCGCUAGCUUCUUCAGAGAAUCCCUUACAUGAGGCUUCCAUUGCUGGCCAUGUUGACUUUGUCAAGGAGAUUGUGAGGUUCAAACCAGAUUUUGCUAAAGAAAUUAACAAUGAUGGGUUUAGCCCCAUGCAUAUUGCAUUUGCAUCUGCCAAUGGGUAUUUGGAGAUUGUAAGGGAGCUGCUGAAAGUUGACCCCCGACUCUAUCAGCUAAAGGGAAGGGAUGAAUGGACUCCUCUUCAUUAUGCUGCUAGCAGAGGGAGGGUAGAUGUUGUUGUUGAAAUGGUUUUAACUUGCCCAGAAAGCGUUGAAGAUGUAACCAUACAAGGGGAGACUAGUUUGCACCUUGCUGUUAAGCGCAGCCAGUUUGAAGCAAUUAAAGCCUUGGUGGAGUUGGUCAGAGAAAUGAACAAGGUGAACAUCCUGAAUAUUAAGGAUAAUAAUGGCAAUUCAGUUCUUCAUCUAGCAGGCUGGAAAACAAGAAAACACCAGGUGGUGGAAUGGUUAGUUGGCAUUAAUGGAAUUACUCCAGAGACCCCUCAAUUGCAGCAGCCAAAUAACUUGAUGGAAUACUUCAAGUUCAAAAAGGGCAGUGACUCUACCAGCAAUGCAUGCAUCGCAUUGCUAGUUGUAGCAGUACUGUGGGAGCUUCAAAUCUGCAUUAUUGCAAUGUACUGCAAUUACACAACUGCAAUGACCAUCAUUGCACCAGAUAACACAAAGGCCGUCCUCAUUGUGUUUGUGUUUACAUCAGUUUUGCCUGGUUUUGUAUCAGAGAACCUCUAG